AUGGUCAGGUGUGUUGUAGGCCUUGGCCCUCAGAAAAUCACCAGGUUGCCCCUAGCUAGGGGGGCUGAAGCAGUCGACUUCAGCGAGAAUCCUAGCGGUAGGACGGUCGGGAUAUAUUUCGGUCUCAUAUUCUUCAAGUGGCAGACACAAGACCUCCAGACAAGCCUAUGCCAAAGACUAGAUGAGAUCCAGCACCUUGAGAGCGACUGUGACGAGAAUUUACGCGACACCGGGCACGAUGCCUAUUCCGCCAUCGAACAUGUGGUUACGGAAUUACUGACGAUCGAGCGGGGUGCGGCUCGUAUUGAGCGAGUCGACAAAAGUAUGAUAGUGAAGCUAGACCUGGUAACAAAGCGGUUUAGCCACCUAUGCGAACUCGGCAGGCAAGUUGUGUGGAAGGUUGGUACGAGGGCGACAAUGUGCAUGGCUGACGGCGACAAUGCCACGCGCUUCGUGUUCACUCUCGAAAGUGAGAUGAGAGCGCUGGAAAUACAGAGCGCGGCCGUCCGUGAUACCAAGAUAGAGCACGAGAAGAGCUUGCGUCUCUACCAAGCACUCGAGGGCGAGAGGCAGCGGAGGGUUUACCUCGCGCGUGACGCAGCCUCGAGCUGGAGUAAUAGGUUCCUUGGUUUCUUUAGUAGAAGUACCAGAGAGCGGCUGAAAUGGGACGUCGAGGAGGCUGAGCAACGACUGCAUAAGAAUCUAUACCAGCAAAGAGCGGCGUGCGAUAGCAUCGAGGCUUUGCACCGUCUUGAGAUGUUUCAUCAAGAGACUUGGACGGGCAUGGGAAAUCUCCGGGAUAAGGCCCAGAGUGUUGCAGAAAGCUUCAAGUAUGAGUUCAAGCGCGUCACAGAGGUCAAGGAGGUUAAAGACAAAGUGUUUGAAAAUCUGCUGAAUCUUCGGAACAAGAUACAGGAUCCAGAGUUUCGCACGACGCGGGACAGCUCCUUGCGCCUUGUGAUGGAGCUGUUUCGUACCGAUGACGAUAGCUGGUGUGGCCAGGGCUGCCUCGGUUUCCUUGAGCAGAAAAUCACUGAGGCCAUUUGUACUAGGAGGUUAGAGGCGGAGGAAGGGGGAGAGGUGACGACCACGCCAGUGCCGGUGGUGGAUGCUUCAGAUUUUUAG